UCAAAGCCGGAAAGACGUCGCUUGGCGCAUGCGUCGCAGUCGCAAAAGAGUUGAAUUUCUUUUUUUGAAAUAAAUAUAAACGCGCCGGAAGAUACAACAAGUUACCUCUUGUGUGUGUGUGUGUGUUUGUAUUUGUGCGACGUGCUUUUGAAUCGUUCACUUGUUCAGGGGAUUUUCCAAUUGGAGCAAGUGGCCCCCCGCCUUCCAACAGGCCAGCUAAGACAGCAACCCAGCGGGCGACCCAAGACAUCAAACCAGUCAGCAUGCAGUUUCGACAGCAGCCGCAAAGUAUGCUAUGGAAAAUUGCAUUUCUAAUUAUCGCAUUAGUCGGCGACGUGUCGUGCAUAAGAAAUGGCGACGGAAAUGACGAGCAAAGACACAUUUCCGCCAAGCUAAAGAACUUUUUUCCCUCGGAGCCGCUGCCCGACAACAACAACAACAAUUCCCCACUCCCGGCACAAGCAUCACAGACCUCGGCACGGGUCACCAACGGUGGCUUUCGACCCUCGCAAAUGCUGGAAUUCACGCCCUCGGAUGUGAUGCACGGCGGCACAAAGCGCUAUCCGCCCAGUUACCUCGAACCCAACUAUAAGCAUCAUGUGCCCAACACCUUGGCCAAUCUCAGUCCCCAGCAAUCGGCCAUGGACAAGCAGUUUGCAUUUCCCGACGAACCCACAGCGACGACUUAUCACCAUAGCUUUGGCGGCUCACAGCAAAUACCCACGACACCGGUGGUCAGCUAUCUGGAUCCAUUUACACAGCAAAACUAUCGCUACACACCCACAUCCCCACCGCCCUCAACACCCUCAUUCAUACAGUACCAACGAGAGCAGCCGGUAGAGCAGGGAGAUCAGGCCUACACAGUGCAAUCGUCGUUGCUUGUGGGCAAUCACUCGCCACAGCAGCAGCACCAGACACGUCCCGGCCACGUGGAAGACGUCUAUUUAAAGCGUCCCGGCUAUGUGUUCGAUGAGAGUCCAUCCUCGGCAUAUCGUCGUCCUGCAGCCACAACGGCAGCAACAACAACAACAGCGAAGGCUACUUCGACACAUAAAAUUUCAUACGAUUCGCAUGAUUACCCGCCACCGAGCUAUGCCACCCAGCAGACAUCCAAUUUUGUGCCACAAUCGCCACAACCACAAGCACCACGUCCACCCCGGCCAACACCCCCAUCGUAUAGGCCAACGUACAACCGUCAAGACGUCAAUGACAACAGGCCAUUAGCAGGACCAUCGAUACACGAAGCCUCUUAUGCAUCGCAGCCGCAAUUCUCUUCGCCAUCUGCAGCCUCAUACCCAUCCCAGUCAUCGUCGUCGUCGUCGUCUAAUUAUGCAAACAACUUUGGUAAUUAUUUGCAGCGACCCACCGGCUACCCCAGUCAAUCGCAGUCCCCUUCUUACACGCCCAACCCCUCGCACUAUCAGUACGAGUCACUGGUAAGACCACAGCAAUACCAACAACAACAGCAGCAGCAGCAGCAGUAUCAGCGACCGGGACACAAUUACUACCAGUAUCAAAUUGGUGAAAUACCUCCACAGCAGCAACAGCAACAACAACAAUUCAACUAUCGUCCAGCUCCCGCCUAUCACCCGCCCACACAAUCUACAAAUUUAGGGGGAGGUGGAGGAGGAGGAGGUGGUCUGGCUACUUUGGCAUCGCUGCUUAGCUCAACACAACAAUAUGCGCCACAAUUUACGAAUCUACUUUUGGGUGGCGCUGGCUCAGGGGGAGGUUUCGGCGGUGGCGGAGGUGGUGCUAGCACUUCGGCCAGCCCAUUAGGCAGUCUCUUAGGCGCAUUCACGGGGCAGCAACAGCAUAGCAGACCACCGACCACACAGCUCAUUAGAGCACUGGAGAAUAUCGCACGCAACGACGAUUUGCAGUGUGUGCCCAAGGUGCUCUGCCAGAUGAUUGCCGGUCAAACGUUACGUGGCCAACUGCCCGGAUUCAUAACAUCGCCGGCCAUAACCAAUUUCCUUGCCGGUUUCCCAGCUGCCUCGCCAGCUCUUAUUUACGGAAGAGCCGCAUUGCUCGGCAUAAGUGGUGGCGAGCGAAGUUGCAUACGGACUUAUGAGCAAUGCCCCAAGAAUGAGAUGGAAAUCAUUCACUAUCUGAACAAUCAUCGCGGCGGCUUUUUUAAGUUCUUCAGCGAACCGGAAGAGCAGACAGCGGAGGCACAGCAAAGUGAAUCUGGCGGCGGUUCAUUGUUCAGCAUUCUCUCGGCACUGACAGGAGGCGGUGGCGUCGGCGGCGGUGGCCUGGGGCAGGUAACGCGCACCACGCCGCGGCCAGUGGCACGACCCACACAAAGACCCAGCACGGACAUUGCCGAUGGCAUUGGCAGCUUCUUUACUCGCGUGCUGUCCGAGUAUUUGAAUGGUGUGGAGUAUGAGCGACGUCGUCGGAGGAGAAGGAGAAGUCUGUUGCCAACGGAAAUUAAACGCAGCAUUCAGACGGAUAAUGAACGUUUGAUGGCCGUUGAUUUUCACGAUGAAGAAGAUGACUUGGAUACACAGACGCCCGUCAAGUUUCAAGACGAUGAUGAGGCGGAGGCAGCUCAAGCUCACACCGAACUGAUUGGUGUGCUACAAUUUCCCGAAGAUGCCGAGACCGAGGGGCGCAUACUGCACUUCAAGGACAUUGCUAGUGAAGAGCAUCAUGUCGAUGGUGCCGUGCGAUUUCCGGAUGCCACGCCGGAAGCCCAAGUUAUCCACGACUUUAAUCGCAAUGCAGCUCAGCGUAAAUUGAGAUUUCCACAGGAGCCAAGCGAAGGUGAACGACAGGCCAAGCAGUUGCAGCUCACCGAGGGAUGGAGAGCUGUGCUGCCAAAUGGAUUGGGCGUGGAGGAUUACGGUGUAAACAAGCGGCGUGGCAAGCGAAUCGUUUUCAAGGAUAACAACGAGCAGCUUGAAGAUCUAGAUGAGCGACUGAGAGAAGAACAGGAGGAGGAAGACAGACGUUUAAGAGAAGAAGCGGAGGAGCAGCAGCGUCUAAGGGCGGAAGAGGAGGAGCGGCAACGCCAUAGAGCAGAGGAAGAGGAGCAACAGCGACUAAGAGAAGAGGCGGAGGAGGACAGACGUCAAAGAGCUGAAGAGGAGGAAGAGAAUCGUCAGAGAGAAUACCAACGAGAGAAGGAACUAAGGAAUCUGCAACUGCAAGAGGAGCAAAGAAAACAGCAACACACCCCACUCAAUGCUCUUUACGAGCAGGCAGCUCCUCCACAGCGUGGUGCUCGUGUCAUUUUCCCCGAUCACUAUGAACGUCACAUACGCCGCGGAAAGAUCCUGAAUAAACCAACCUAUGCACCCAGCUAUGACUACCACAAUGAAGUUCGUCCUGAGGAGCAUGAGCAACAGCUGGUGGUCAGCGAUGAACAUAGACCGACCUACUAUCGUAUAGAGACCGCAGACUAUCAAGCAAAUACUCUAGGUCAAAACUUUAUGAACUACGGAGAAUAUUUGCCAGGAAAUUCUGCGUCUUAUAUGCCAGGGAAUACGGUGCGUUUUGUCGAAUCUCUCGAUAGACCUCAAUAUAAUGCACACUACAACUACCCGAAUACGAACUAUAUCAGCGAUAAUCGCUACAGCAGCGCAUAUCAGGCCAGUUCUACACGCAGACCUAAGCACGAGGAUGAUAAGAACAUCUACAUAAAUAAUUCACAAGGUGUUACAGAAUACUAUAUAAGACCGGAUGGACGUAAAGUCUAUUUGGCUAGCGGUUGAAUGAAGAGAGGCUGUUUUGUUCGCUUUAGCUUUAAGUCUGUAAAUAAUUGUUAGCCCCAAAAUAUUUAUUAAAUGCGUACC